UGACAGACGAUUUUUUUAUUUGUGUUUUAGACAUUUUAGAACCAAUUUUAGUACAUUGAAUGACUUGAAUAUCGGCGUACGAUUGAGGAACACAACACAACGAAGAAAGAAACUAAUUGGUGAACAAAGUAUCUAGUGAUUUACUGAAACGAGGACUAAUCGAAUAAUCUUAGAACGCAUUUGGAAAACAUAAUAUCCAUCAUGCUACGCUACAUCGUUCUAGCAUCAAUUUUAGCUAUUGCUUUAGCUGCCGAUGAUCCGUUAUCACAAGAAUUUGUUGAUAAAAUCAAUGCCAAAGCUACAACAUGGAAAGCCGGCCGAAAUUUCGGUCCACACGUAACCAUGAACUACGUUCGCAGCUUGCUUGGCGUUCAUGAAGACUCCUACAAAUUUCGCUUGGAGGAGAAGCCCACUUUGGUUGGAUAUCGAGAUGAUCUUCCCGAACAAUUCGAUGCCCGCGAGAACUGGCCAGAUUGUCCAACCAUUAGAGAAAUUCGUGAUCAAGGCUCAUGUGGUUCGUGCUGGGCGUUCGGUGCUGUCGAAGCAAUGUCGGACCGAGUUUGUGUCCAUUCCAAUGCUACGGUACAUUUCCGAUUCUCGGCCGAUGAUUUAGUUUCGUGUUGCCAUACUUGCGGAUUUGGUUGCAAUGGUGGAUUCCCGGGAAUGGCUUGGAGAUACUGGGUGCACAAUGGUAUCGUCAGCGGUGGAAAUUUCGGCUCAUCACAGGGAUGUCGUCCGUACGAGAUCGCCCCGUGUGAACAUCACGUGAAUGGAACCCGUCCACCGUGCAAUGGAGAAGAGGGAAAUACCCCAAAAUGUGUGCACACUUGCCAAGAGUCGUAUACCAAAUCGUAUAAAGACGACAAACAUUACGGUAAAUCGUCGUACUCCGUCAAACGGAACGAAGCGGACAUUCGCAGGGAAAUCUUCCAAAAUGGACCAGUUGAAGGCGCUUUUACUGUUUAUGAAGAUUUAAUUAACUACAAAGAAGGCGUUUAUCAACAUGUCGAAGGAAAAAUGUUAGGAGGUCAUGCCAUUCGUAUAUUAGGUUGGGGCACUGAAAACGAUACUCCUUACUGGUUGAUUGCCAACAGUUGGAAUACGGACUGGGGAAACAAUGGAUUUUUCAAAAUACUCCGUGGUCAGGAUCACUGCGGCAUUGAGGGACAAAUCUCGGCCGGAAUACCAAAGUAAAAAUGUAAAAAAUAAGUAAAUCGAUGCAACCAAGAUCAGUGAUCUUUUAUUGCUGAAGUUGUGGUGCAUCGGAGGGCCUAAAUUGUUAUUAAAAUAACUUUUUUGUUACACACACACACUCCUCACAGCAUACCAAUAAAUUUUUGAUCAUUUUUACA